ACUAACGGAGAGGGAGGAGGACGCACGACGCGUCACGCAGGACUCGGGAUAGCAUCGGCAGCAGUUUGCGCUUCACGCUCCUUUCCAGUAGGUGGCGGAAAGCACCUUUUGAGUUGGUUUUCCAACCGCCAUUAAACCCUAGAAGAAUACGACGCAGAUAGGCGGCUAUCUUAAGUCAACUGUUCUAACAUUUGGUGUGCAAACUGACUUGCAUGUGCAGGUGAAACGUAUGUCACAGUCAGCGCAGCCAGGCGCGAUGCCCUCCGCUCCGGACUCCCCGUCACUCGGCGUGACCGUCAGCGGCAAUGUGCAGAAAUACAGUAUCAAGAAGAAAAAGGUUUUAAAUGCGGAGGAGACUGAGCUGUUUGAGCUCACACAGGCCGCUGGUAUAGUUAUUGAUCAAGAAGUUUUCAAGAUUAUAGUCGACUUGUUAAAGAUGAACGUUGCUCCUCUGGCAGUAUAUCAAACCCUAAAGAUGAUGUGUGCAGGACAGAAGGUCUCUGAAACAUCUGUUGGUGACGCAUCAACAGUAUCUCAGACCACCACUGCACCUUCAGAGUCUAGAGAAGAGGAGUGUGUUGUCUCUGGAAAGUGCGCUAAAACUGCAGCCCCUCCCUCUUCUUCUGUGCCCCGCCCACCAAGGGGAGGGGCUAAGAUAGUGGUCUACAGUGCGGGUGACACAAAUGCUCCUGUUUCUCAAGUACGCAGUAAAACAAGUUCAGGGCAAGGAGAGAAAACGGCAAGAGAUGGUUCUAGUCAGCGGCUGCCACGCCAGGUUAGUGCCACCAGGGGACAGAAGAGCGCCAAGAGCUCUGGCAGUAGCAGCUCAUCUUCUCAGCUCACCUCCAACUGAAGUUUUGUUCAACAUAAAUUAUCACAUGCAUAACGUGUUUAAGUUGCACUCUUGUUUUGUUAAUGAAUUAUUUUUAAGACUUUGGACAAAAAAAUUCACUGUAAAUAAAAACUUAUGAUUUUAGGUA